GGCUCGUUCUCUUCGUUUGUUCGCAGAGUCGUUCGGAAGCAUUCACGGUUGCAAUAAGGACAGACAUUUCCGAUGGUGUUUUUCGAACCAUCGUCCCUAAACUUUCAUUGUUCUCACUGCCGCUUAUGAGUGCAAAAAUAGCCAAUAACUGUUAGCCUGAGGAUAAGAGUCGCCGUAGAAUGGAUAGUGACCGAUAGUCGGAAGAAAUUGCUGUGAAUUUGCGAACGGAAAGGGAGCAAAAAGUUGUAGGUUUGCCGUGGACAUGGCUGGUACAUAGCAGUGUUUGUGUAUACUCCUGCCUGAAUCAACCACUAUUUUGGUAACACUGGUGAAAUUCAGUGAGUGGUCUGCAACAGUGACAGACGGUUUGUGGAAAAGGGCAAAUUUGGUGUGCAGAAGACAAAUGCAGUGUGUUUGUGAAUUGUAAAUGUUCAGCGGAAACAAACACUGAAAAUGGUGCGUUUACCAGUGUUCACUGGAAAAUAAAAUAGUGUGAUUUUGCGACGAGAGUUUUCCGAGGAAAAAUCUUGCCCUGAAAAGCACUCAAUGCAAGUGACGACAGAAAUUGGAUAAUACGAGUAGUGUGUAUGCAUGCAGCAAGUUCCUGAGUUAGAUGAAUCGAAGAUUUUCUCAGUGGUUUCGUUCAUAAGUUUCUGCUGUUAAAUGUGUUGAGUUUACAGCAAAAAAAAAAGCAACAUAAACGAAAUGGCGUGUUUAAACACACUGAAGCUCGAGAUAAAAACAUUGGAGCAGAUAUUCACCAAGAAUCACGAACGAUUCCGGAUUGUGAGUGCAUCGGUGGACGAAUUGAGCUGCCGUUUCAUUGGCCGCAACGGAAAGCAGUACGACAUCCAUGCCAAUAUUACGGAAACAUACCCCUCCACACCGCCAGUAUGGUUCGCCGAGAGCGAGGAAACCAGCAUAACAAACGCUGUACAAAUACUUACGAAUACCCGUGGCCACGAUAAUCAUGUCAUAAAUCAGGUCGACAUACUUCUGCGUGAGCUGUGCCGGAUACAUACGGUACCGUUGCCUCCCGACCUGGAUAAUCUAGCGAUACCGUUUCAACCUCACGCACCCGGCACACCCUCACCACAUCAGGCCGCCUACCAGGGGGCUCAUCAAUUGCACCAGCAGCAACCGCAACAGCAUCAUCAAAUCGACGAGAUCGACUCGGACUGUGAUGACAUUGAGGACGUCGUGGGCGAAAGUGAGCAGGAAAGCGAGGGUGAGGAGGAUCUUUCACUUGAGAUGGACGACGGCCGAAGUACUGCCAAGAAAGACGAAAUGGAGGUGGAACACUUAGCGACACUCGAAAGAUUGCGACAAACUCAAAGGCAGAACUAUUUAAAGGGGUCAGUUUCCGGGUCCGUUCAAGCUACCGAUCGGCUGAUGAAGGAACUCCGAGACAUCUACCGUUCCGAUUCGUUCAAGAGCAACAUGUACUCGAUAGAGCUGGUGAACGAUUCCAUCUACGAGUGGAACAUUCGACUGAUGUCCGUCGAUCCGGACAGCCCACUGCACAACGAUCUCGUGCUAUUGAAGGAGAUGGAAGACAAAGAUUACAUUUUGCUCAAUAUCAUGUUUAAGGAGACGUACCCGUUCGAGCCGCCGUUCGUACGUGUAGUGCAUCCCGUUAUAUCUGGCGGCUACGUAUUAGUUGGUGGUGCAAUCUGCAUGGAGCUGCUCACGAAACAGGGAUGGAGUUCCGCGUAUACAGUGGAAGCUGUCAUCAUGCAGAUUGCAGCUACGCUAGUUAAGGGCAAAGCGCGAAUACAGUUUGGCGCGACAAAGUCUUUUACGCAGGGUCAAUAUAGCUUAGCUCGGGCGCAACAGAGCUUCAAAGCUUUGGUUCAGAUCCACGAGAAGAACGGCUGGUUCACCCCACCUAAGGAGGAUGGAUAAGUUAGGAUCUAACGCGAUCAAAUCGUUCUUCCGUUCAUUCUAGCGGUUUAUGUGUCACCACCGUUGCGUCGUUCCGUUCGAGUCCAACACUGAUUGUAGCAUAUGGCAGCAACUACAAAAAACGACGAAUGUGUCAUCAAUAGCAGGAGUAAUUUUUGUUUUUCAACAUUACAUCAACAAAUAACAUGUAAACACAAAAAGAGAAAAAGAUGCAGCAAAUAGUAGCAAAAAUGGUCGUCCAUUUAGCAACGCUUUAGCCUUUUUUCGUUAUUAAUGAGUGGGUGUGAAGUAUUUGAGAGAACAAUGCAUGUUUGAGAAAAUUAAGCGUGUCACAAGGAGAUAUGAAUGAUGUGCGUUGUAAUAAUAUUAGAUAAUAUUAGAUUGUAUUAUUAUUGAGUGCUCGUUAAGACAUGGAUAGAAAGAUGAAGAGUACGUGAAUGUGUACAUUAGGUAUAGGAAACUAUAUUUUCAAAGGUCUUUAUUGCCGAUGACGAUUUCUUAAAAAAGGCAACAAACACAACAAUAGAAACCAUAGCAGCAAAAAAUCGUUUCUCUUGUGUGAAUAUAAAUAUCCAACCAAAAAAAAAAAACGAUUGCGGGGAACAUUUAAACUGUAUAGCAAGAACAGGAUUCCUCUUAAAGAGGCAACAUAUACAAUAUUAAUCAAAAUUCUUGUAGAAAUUUUAUGGGAACGGAACGUAUUAACAAUAGUUGUGAUAACUAUUGUUUUCUCCAUACCAAAUGCAUUGUACGACCCACGCGUGGACACGGAUUGAGUAGUUUCCAAUGGCAGUGAGAUGUAGACAACUUCUGGUAAUGAGAAAAUAGUAAUUAGUUUGAGUUUUCAUUUCACUUUCCAUUAACCAUGUAACAAAGAUUGCAAAACUGUACUACUAUAUCAACGCUACAGGAUAUGUAUUUGCUGAAUUUCCGAAGAACUAUUUACCUGUUCAACAUAUGCACUCAACUGCGACCCAAACAAGAUCAGACUAUACGAAGAUAUAUUUUAAUGACGUCUGAGACAAGCAAUCACCAGAAGCGAAACUAACGAGAGUGGAGUGCGUGAUGGAUGGAGAAUGGAAAAAUAUAUUACACUUUUAAUGUGUAUAAUAAUUAACUUUUAUUGUCAAAACUAUCCUUACAAGGUUUUUUGAUUUGAGUGAAACGAGAUUGGCCAGCGGAAGCCGCGGAGUGUGUGAAACAGUUCGACAUGCGAAAUCUUCACGUAAUCGACAACCAACAUAGAGACAUGAAACAGCAUAACAAUGAAACAGAAUUCACAAUAGUGAGCUAAAACAAGCAACGUGCAUGGAGGCGCCAAUCGUCCAUGCGGGUGGUAAGAAAUGACUUGAUUAUGAAAAUAGUUUUCAUUAGACUGUGACAUAUGUAAAAUAUGAAGAGAUGAAAGAAAAGAAAAAAAAAGAUAAAUAUUAAGGAUAGUUUAUAUUAAUAAAAGUAAUAAUAAAAUUUUGAAUUUCACGAGAGAAAAUAAAAAACUU